AUGGACAGUGCUCAUGAGGUCGAUAAUAGAGCGGGAAAGGCUAUAAAUAGCUGGGAUAUAGCUCCCAAAGUUGAUUUUCUUUGCGAAAAAGCGAAGAUAGCCCGGUUAUGCGAAAUAUGUGCUACACCUGAUUAUGCAAUUGAUGUAUGUCCCAGUUUGUGUGAUAAUACCAUGGCCCAUCUGGAUGCUGUGAGAAAUUUCUCUGGGCUGCCACAAAGGCAGUACGACCCCUACACUAAUACCUACAACCAGGAAUCAAUUCCUGACAAGAAUCUUGGCCAAGAAAUCACCCAAGAAAAACUUGAAAAAGACGAACAGGUUCGACUGAAGCCUCCAUUGCCUAAUAUUCAACCUCUAUUUCUAGAACAAUUCAACCAGUGUCGAAGAGGUAAAGAGGACAAGAAAAUCCUCGAAACAUUUAGGAAUGUCGAGAUCAACAUUUUGCUGUUGGACGCCAUCAAGAAAAUAUCGCGGUAUGCUAAAUUUCUUAAAGAGAUUUGCACCAACAAGCGAAAAUUAAUAGGUAAUGAAAGGGUGAAUGUUAGUGAGAAUGUAUCCGUAGUGUUACAGCGGAAAAUGCCGACAAAAUACAAGGAUAGGGGCAUGUUUGUAAUAUCAUACAAAAUAGGUCAUCUGGGAAUUAAGAAGGCUAUGUGUGAUCUAGGGGCUUCUAUAAAUGUAAUGCCAUAUUCUAUUUAUGAAUCACUCAACGCGGGUUUUUUAACAAAAAUAGGUGUUAUCAUUCAAUUGGCGGAUAGGUCUGUUGUGCAUCUAGAAGGAGUCCUUGAGGAUGUUCUGGUAAAAGUUAAUGAGCUUAUUUUCCCUGCAGAUUUUUAUGUGAUCAAAAUGGAGGAGGAUAGCAUUCUUGGAUCUUUAGAUCUCCUGCUGGGUCGACCAUUCCUUAGUACAACUAGUACUAAAAUCGACGUUCGAAGUGGAACUCUCACGAUGGAGUUUGAUGGGGAGAUCGUAAAGUUUAAUAUCUACGAUGCCAUUAGCCAUCCAAGCGAAAUCUUGAGCAUAAAACAGAGCGAAAAUGUGAAGAAACCCGUUGAGCAACGCUUAAAGCGCAUUGAGGCCCGACUUGAAACCUUUGGCCAGCAACUGGCCGAGCUCAUUGCCAUCAUAUGUGAUCGAUAG